UUCGAGCUUCCGUUGGUUGGAGGUCACGUGGUUUUGUUUACCAGGAAGCAGAGCGACCGUUAGACUAGUUGGCAGCCGAUUUAGCCCAAGAACAAGUUACGUUUUCCACAUGUUAGCUUAGCGGAUUUUAAUCCAGUAGCGAUGCGAUCGUUAAACUUUGUGCACCGGGUCAGUUUGGACUUUACAGGAACUAUGUUUCCUCACGCCAUCUGUUUGGGAGACGCAGACAACGACUCGCUGAAUGAACUAAUUGUUGGAGACACAAGUGGAAAGCUGCUCGUUUACAAGAAUGACGAAUCCAAGCCCUGGGUCACGAGAACCUGUGUGGGAAUGCUGACCUGCGUCGCAGUCGGAGACGUCUGCAACAAGGGAAAGAAUCUCGUGGUUGCUGUGGGAGCAGAAGGAUGGUUCCACCUCUUCGACCUGACGGCGGCCAGCGCCAGCAAAUCCGACUCCUCCAGCCAGCAUGAGUUCCUGUGUUCAGACGACCAGAGACCCUUCUUCACCCAACACAUCCCGGCCAACACCAAAGUCAUCCUCAUCAGUGAUAUCGACGGAGAUGGGCGCUGCGAGCUGGUGGUGGGAUACACAGACCGGGUGGUCCGAGCUUUCCGCUGGGAGGAACCGUCCGACAGUUCGGACGGGGGAUCCGGUCAGCUGGUUCUCCUGAAGAAGUGGCUACUGGAGGGACAGGUGGACAGCCUGUCGGUCAACCCGGGUCCCGAGGGUUUGCCGGAGCUCAUGGUGUCCCAGCCGGGCUGCGGUUACGCCAUCCUGCUCUGCACCUGGACCCAGCAGGACUCCACCGAGUCUGAGGACGACGCCCCUGCCACGCCGGGCAGUGACGGGCCGUCCAGAGAUGUAGUUCUCCACCUGACCAGCGGGCGGAUUCACAACAAGAACGUUUCUACUCACCUCAUCGGCAGCAUAAGCAAAGGUUCAAAAGAGGAAUCCUCAAAACGUGGCCUGUUUGCACUUUGUACUCUAGAUGGAACCCUGAAGCUGAUGGACAGCUCACAGCAGCUCUUGUGGUCAUUUCAGGUCGAUCAUCAGCUCUUCGCUCUGCAGAAACUCGACGUCACUGGAGACGGCAGAGAGGAGGUGGUGGCCUGCGCCUGGGACGGUCAGACCUACAUUAUCGACCACAACAGGACUGUGGUGCGCUUCCAGUUUGACGAGAACGUCAACGCCUUCUGUGCAGGUCAGUUCACAUGCAAGGAGGGUAAAAACAGCCCCUGUCUGGUAUACGUGAGUUUUAACCAGAAAAUCUACAUCUACUGGAAAGUGGAGCUUGAGCGGAUGGAGUCCACCAACCUGCUGCGAGUGCUUGAGGAGAAGCCUGAGUUUAAAAGCCAGCUGAAGGCUCUGGGAGUUGACGCUGAAGAUCCGGCUGCAGUGAGAGAUCUGGUGGCGAAUAUUCUGUACCAGGACGCUCAGACGUAGCGCAGCGACAGAUUUCCACCACGCAGCCUCCUUCUCUGCUUUCUACAACGGCGUAUUAAAGCCACAGUGAACAGGAAAAAAGGAGUGAAUUUCUACCCAAAAACUAAAAAUAAUUUUAUUAAUCU